GAUCUAACUCUAUCUAAGUCUGACCUGGAAAGCCAGAUUGAGAGUCUUACAGAGGAACUGGCUUACAUGAAGAAGAACCAUGAAGAGGAAAUGAAGGGAUUGCAAGGACAAGCCAGUGGAACAGUCAAUGUGGAGAUGAACGCAGCUCCAGGCAUUGAUCUUAGCAAGAUCCUGGCUGAUAUGAGAGCCGAAUACGAAAGAUUGGCUGAUAAAUACCGGCAGAAUGCUGAAGCAAUGUUCGUAGCUCAGACCAAAGAACUGCAGGCACAGGUUGUUUCCGGAGGUCAAGAGGUCCAGACAUCCAAAACAGAGAUAACAAAUCUGAAGCACACACUCCAAGGCUUAGAGAUAGAACUACAGUCUCAGCUCAGCAUGAAAUCAGCUUUCGAAGCAUCCUUGGCUGAUACAGAAGGUCGAUACUGUGCACAGCUUGCUCAGAUUCAGGAGCUCAUAGCUAAGAUAGAAGAAGAAAUUGCAGAACUCCGAAACCAACUGGAACAGCAGACCAGCGAAUACAAAAUGCUUCUGGACGUCAAGUCUCGUCUGGAACAGGAGAUCGCCAAGUACAGAGAACUACUGGAUGGACAAGACCUUAAAAUUCCUACUGGUGGUUCUUCAAGUGGUUCUUCAAGUACGACCACUACAUCAUCGACUCCUCCUUCAUCUUCAUCUGCAUCUGCAUCUGCACCUGCACCUGCACCUGCAUCUGCAUCUUCAGCUACC